UCCCUCCCCUUCAGAUCUACAGUUUUGAAGAUGGGUGUAACCGACAUGGUGGUGCAGUGAGAGCUGACAGGCUGCAUUCAGUGCACAUGUUGUUUAGAUCAGAGCUCAAACUAGUUUCACUUCUCAGGUAGUGCGACUCAGACGGGCGUUGUCUCUACUGAGAGGUGAAAUGGCGCAGCAAGAAAAUCAACUGAACCAGGAAAGGUUCUCUUGUUCCAUCUGUCAGGAUCUACUGAAGGAUCCGGUGACUACUUCCUGUGGACACAGCUACUGCAUGAACUGUAUUAAAACCCACUGGGAUGGACAGGAUCAGAGGUACAUCUACAGCUGCCCUCAGUGUAGGCAGACCUUCACACCAAGGCCUGUCCUGAUGAAAAACACCAUGUUAGCAGAUUUAGUGGAGGAGCUGAAGAAGACUGGACUCCAAGCUGCUCCUGCUGAUCACUGCUAUGCUGGACCUGAAGAUGUGGCCUGUGAUGUCUGCACUGGGAGGAAACUGAAAGCCUUCAAGUCCUGUCUCGCCUGUCUGGCCUCUUACUGUGAGAAACACCUCCAGCCUCAUUAUGACUCAGCUCCGUUCAAGAAACACAAGCUGGUGGAGCCCUCCAAGAAGCUCCAGGAGAACAUCUGCUCUCAUCAUAACGAGGUGAUGAAGAUGUUCUGUCGUACUGAUCAGCAGUGUAUCUGUUAUCUCUGCCCUGUGGGUGAACAUAAAGGCCACGACACCGUCUCAGCUGCAGCAGAAAGGACCAAGAGGCAGAGAGAGCUGGAGGUGAGUCGACUCAACAUCCAGCAGAGGAUCCAGGACAGAGAGAAAGAUGUGAAGCUGCUCCAACAGGAGGUGGAGGCUGUCAAUCGCUCUGCUGAUAAAGCAGUGGAGGACAGUGAGAAGAUCUUCACCGAGCUGAUCCGUCUCAUGGAGAAAAGAAGCUGUGAUGUGAAGCAGCAGGUCAGAUCCCAGCAGAAAAGUGAAGUGAGUCGAGUCAAAGAGCUUCAGGAGAAGCUGGAGCAGGAGAUCACUGAGCUGAAGAGGAGAGACGCUGAGCUGAAGCUGCUGUCACACACAGAGGAUCACAACCAGUUUCUACUCAACUACCCCUCACUGUCACCGCUCAGCGAGUCUACAUCCAGCAUCAAUAUCCGUCCUCUGAGCUACUUUGAGGACGUGACGGCGGCUGUGUCAGAAGUCAGAGAUAAACUACAGGACAUUCUGAGAGAGAAAUGGACAAACGUCUCAUGGACAGUGUCUAAUGUGGAUGUUUUACUGUCACAACCAGAGCCCAAGACCAGAGCUGGAUUCUUAAAAUAUUCACGAGAAAUCACACUGGAUCCAAACACAGCAUACACAGAGCUGUUAUUAUCUGAGGGGAACAGAAAAGCAACAUUAAUGAGAGAAGAUCAGUCUUAUUCUAGUCACCCAGACAGAUUCACUUAUUAUUGUCAGGUCCUGAGUAGAGAGAGUCUGACUGGACGUUGUUACUGGGAGGUGGAGUGGAGAGGGUUAGGAGUUUAUGUAGCAGUCGCAUACAAGAGUAUCAGGAGAGCAGGGAGGGGUGAAUGUAGAUUUGGAUUCAAUGACAAAUCUUGGGCGUUAGAUUGUUACAUUAACAGUUAUACAUUUUGGUACAACAGAGUUCAAACUCCCGUCUCAGGUCCUCGGUCCUCCAGAGUAGGAGUGUACCUGGAUCACAGUGCAGGUAUUCUGUCCUUCUACAGCGUCUCUGAAACCAUGACUCUCCUCCACAGAGUCCAGACCACAUUCACUGAGCCUCUCUAUGCUGGACUUAGGCUUUAUAAGUAUGAUAACACUGCUGAGUUGUGUAAACUGAAAUAGACAGAAGUCAUUUGAGGGUUCAAUUCUGUGUUUUAACUCUUCAACUUCUCUGGUGUCCAUCAUUGUUGCUGCAGAGCUGAUUUGUGGCUGCACCGCAGAGGGCCAGACUUACAAACACUAAAGUCUGUCGCUGACUGACUGACUGACUGAUGAAGUUACAGGAUUGGUCGGCUGACUGUUGGAGGUUUCUCAUUGGUUGUUGCUCUUUCUAAAUGAAAAGGUGGAGAACAGUUCAGUGUUCAUGUUUUCUGGGGAGCGUGUCAGCGGUUCAUUGAAUCAUUACAUCGUGCUGUUGUUGUGCAUGUGCUGUUGUUUCUGUUCGUUUAAGUCACGUUACGUUACGUUGUUGCUUCGUAUUGUGUUACCGUGCAUUCACACCAAGCGAGAAGCUUAAAUUAGCAAGACACACGUUGCUACUGCGGUAUGAACCCAAAAUAAACAGACUGUGCUGUGAUUUAAUUGCAAUAAACAGAUCAAAAAUGAUGCUGAAAUAACUACAUAAUGAUGAUGAUUAGUAAAAAG